CACACCGACCCCCUCCCUCUCUCUCCCCGUCUCGUCUCUCUCACCCCCUCCAACAAGCACCAUGGAGCGCACCUACAUCAUGAUCAAGCCUGACGGCGUCCAGCGCAACCUGGUGGGCGAGAUCAUCGCUCGCUUCGAGAAGAAGGGGUACAAGCUCGCCGCUCUCAAGAUGGCGCGGCCCGAGCGAUCGCACCUCGAGGAGCACUACGCCGACCUCAGCGGCAAGAGCUUCUUCGCGGGCCUCAUCGACUACAUGGCGUCUGGCCCCGUGGUGUGCAUGGUGUGGACGGGCGUGAACGUGGUGCUUGAGGGGCGCAAGAUGCUCGGAGCCACCAAGCCGUCUGAGUCGGCCAUGGGGACCAUCCGCGGGGACUUCUGCGUGGAGGUGGGACGCAACGUCUGCCACGGCUCCGACUCCACGGACUCGGCUGAGCACGAGAUCAAGCUCUGGUUCCCAGAGGGUGUGUGCGAGUGGGACGCGUGCACCAAGGCCUGGAUCUACGAGAAGUGAAGGAUGAAUGGAUCAUGUCCGCAAACCACGGCGGAAGGGGGCCUUGUUCUUUUGGAGUCCGGGGUUUCGACACCGUGCAUGUCCACCGCACAAGACGGUUCUUGGAUGGUCGUGGCUUGUAAACGCAUGCCUCGUGAACUUGACAGUCCGAUGGCCUGACAGUCUCGUUACUAGAAAGUCUCCUGCCGUGUGGCGCUCUGGGGGUCGCCGAUCGAUCGCCUCGAUGUACAGAGAACAAGAGACCUUGAAGUUGUGUAGGGCUCACAAACCUCUUGCUGAUUUCACGCGAGCGUGGAGCUUGGGGUAACCACAGCUGGGGUCGAUUGAAUUCAUUCACCGAGCGUGUUUCGCCAGUGUUGCAGUAUGACGGUACUGGUACCAUCGGCAUGAGAGUUGGGGACUCUGGGCUCAGUUGAAGUCAUGUUUGGGGUGAACUGCACCUGCGUUUCGCGCGAGUUCGGACACAUGACAACCACCUUGCGCCCCAAACCUAAGCAGAGAACACUACCACACUCGGGCUCAGGUGAAGUGAUAGUGGGGGUUAACGACACCUACCGUCGUACGAGUUCGGACACAUAAAAUACAGAGAGUAAUGACACACCAGGGGCACCGCUCAGAGGGGUGGUGCGCGGUUAAGAGAGAACCCUUGGACGUGAACUUGGUGUUUUCACGCACGAUUUAGCUCUCUGUGCGACAGUGAAAAAAGUGUCACGGUGAUGAGCAGUGCUAUUUUUUUUUAUCCCAUCAUUGGACUCUGUCGUCUGCCCCUCUGGCCCCUAUCCU